AUGUCCACCAACACUGUUCCCCCUUGGCCCUCGCUGUACAACCCUGGUCUGGAAAUUCUGAACGUCAACAACCGCGAGCCUACCCAGCCAGGCGGAUUCUACCUGUACCGAGGAGGAGAUGUAUUCCGGUUCACAUUCUACUGGUCAUUGAUAUUCUACACCCCGUUCUUCCUAGUCUGCGGGGCGUACGCUUUCUGGAACUACACAUUCCCUCCUUCCUCUCGACUUCCUCGUCGACUAUCGGUUUCCCGAGACUCAGUGGCCUAUCAGCUGGUCGAACUCUCCCAUACACCCACGUCACCAACUACCCCAGCACCCACCAAGUUGCCCAGAGUCAAUGAAAGACGAUCAAGGCUGGCGUUUGCGGUCAUCGUUCUUUUCAUAUUCCUGAUCUCAAGCCUGGGUGGCUCCGUUCUGGGAUCUGCCCUGCUGGGAUUCAUUACGACCGCUCUGUACAAAGCUGGUGGUUUCCACAUGUCAACAUGGGUUCCGUUCCUGCUCGCUCUCCUUCAGGUCCUCAUCGGUUUACUGAGGCAAGUCCCCUCUGUGCCCAACUCGUUCAUACCCACUCUUACCUUUGACAUCGUUCUAGUAUAUGGCCUUCAAUCAUUGAAAUCAUCUAGAGAACCUUGCUUGUUGCGUAUUUCAUACGAUGACCUCCAUCCUGUGAACUGGUGCACCUUCGAUUGA